AUUUACCGCUAGAGGUCCAACAUGGGUACCCAGUCUGUUUGUAAACUGGGUUUUUCUAUAUUUUUUUCCAAAAUAGUAGUAUUUUAAGUAAAUAAUCUUGAAUUCUAGGCUGAACUGAACCCGAUUCUUGUUUUCCAAGCUGUGUACGCCACGUCCUUUUGGUCAGUUUGCAGUGAAAAUAUAUUAUAGGGGUUAGGUUACCCUUGCGGCCUUAUUGCUAACGUAGGAUACUAAUGAAGUGUUUUAAAUUUAUGUGCAGUAUGUAAAAACGAUGUACAUAUGUGUCUUUAAAUAAUAAGAUGGGGGCCCACAUCAGUUGGUAUCCAUGAAUAUAGUUUUAAUAGAAUGUGGAUAUUCUGAAUGUUGAUACCAAACGAUUUUCAACGAUGCAAAGCCUGGAGGCUGCAUGUGAUGAGGGUGAACGUCCAGUGAAGAAAGCUAAAUUAAGUCGUUCCUCAUUGCCUCUAAUACGCCCCCAGGAACCCUCAUGUUCUACAUCACAAGACUAUAUAGCAGUUACAACUGUCAAAGCACCAUUUGACAUUUUUGCCAAAUUGAAGGAAUUACAUGAACAGGAAAUUGCCAAAAGCUCUGAGAACUCGUGCGAAACAUCCCUUCUGUUAGAAAAACUCGUAGCCCGUGAAAGACUGAACACGUUAAUAUUUAAUUUGUAUCCUGGUAAUAAGGGAUACUCGUUAGCCUUCCGUACCGCAUCUUGCCCAGACCCCACCUCAGAUUUUGCUGAAGAUACUGCCGCCGACAUGAUUGAAACCAAUCCGAGGCCUUACGAGGAGGGCAACCUUCUCAGAUAUAUCGACAAUGAAGAACUGCCCCCCUAUAUUGUGGACUUACUGGAACCUGAAUUCAGUUACUUAUUCUACAGUGGUUGUGUUAUAGCAGAGAUCAGAGACUAUAGACAGGCAUAUCCACAUACCAAGUGUGAUACUCAUCACGUUCUGCUCAGGCCUACACUUAAGAGCUUUCUGUCAGAUAUAAACAAUUUAGCUGAUGACAAGCCAGAAUGGAGCGUUGAUGAGAGAGAUCAACUAGAAAGCCAAAUGCUGAUGGCAAAUGAGCCAGCUUUAUGUUUAGAUCCUGAUAGUAGCGUUAGUAGCAAAGUUGUAGAAAUAAAUAACCAAAAGCAAAUUUUCAAUACACAGAAGUUUAGACGGAUGGCUAAGAAAUUUUCUCAGGUUACUGUCAAUAGAAAACGGAAACUGGAUAGGUUCACAUAUAGACAUGGUAUGGAGUUAUUCGAAUUUCUUAAUAGGACUAGAAGUAAACCAAAGAUUGGUACACUAACACAAAAAGGUGCGACAUUGUCGAAACGUCUGUCGACUUCCACAAGCACAUCACUGGAAGACACCGCAAAACCGGUUGCUGUGCCAGCUCCAAGUUUAGAACCGUCUAUACAACUGGUGCCACCUUCGCAACCUGUCGUAAUCCAGUCGUUCAAGACAUAUCCAAGGCCGAAAGAGUCUAGCGAUUGGGUGCCGCAGCUCAUUGAGGAGUAUGUUUUGGAAACGGAUAUGCCCUCGAAGGAUAAAGGUCGACCUCGUGUGUAUCACAUAAAGUUGAGCAUAUUGCAGAGACCGUCUAAUUCAGAGUAUCUGGGCGAGCUGUAUUUAGAUAGGGACCAUAAGAAAAAUGAGCAAAAUGGAGUUGCAUGCAGGUUUAGUUUAGGAUCUAAAGCAAAUGCAAAUAGAUACAUUCAUCAAUUUGCGGAAAUCUUCACAGAAAGCGGAAGAAAGUCCGUACGUAUACGAUAUGGGUCGAGUUCUAGUUACAAAGUCACCCAGACUCAAGCACAGCAAAUUCAGGCACAAAGUUCGGCAGUGCAAGGGCAACCAAAUCUAGCUCAACAACAUAUAACACAGUUGACUCAAAGUUUGCAGGCGCAAACGAUGGUCAAUGGUAGUAUAGGAGGAAAUGUUGGUGGAAGUAUAGGAGUCAAUGUAGGUGCAAGUGGAAGUAUAGGCGGAAAUAUAGGAACAAAUGUAGCAGGCAAUAUAGGAGCAAAUGUAGCAGGGACUAUAGGAGUACAAAGUACAAGUAGUGUUCCAAUACUGCAAAGUCAUUUGCAAGGAAUUAGUCAGCAAAAGGCGAGCCAAAGUCAGGCACUGUCGAACCAAGAGCAAGCAAUUAAUGCUCUGGCAAAUAAUUUGAUGAAUUCAGUACAACAGUAUCAAGCUGCUGUGAACGCCAAACAACAGCAGCAGCAACAACAGCAGCAACAGAAACUGCAAUCGAACAACGCGGCGAUCAUUAACCUGUUAAACUCCCCUGCGAGCGUGGCAAAUAGCGACGCUAGCGCCGCUGUGGUGAAUGCCAUCAACAGUGGAGUGGUGGCAGGCAGUACGUCAGGGCAACAGUACUUGAGUACUGCUGUCGGACAGAAAUUGUUGGCGACAGGGUUGGGCAGAAAGAUGACAGCUGCUACGGCAACCUCUCAGACGGCCGUUCAGGCUAAUGCUAGGGUGCUGAAUCAUGGAGGGUUGAUUGCGUUGAAUAGUAACAGGCUUCAACAACAACAGGCUCAGACGAUAACUCUGACGUCAAUGGGCACUAGCGGAAAUUAUACUAACUUUACGGUACCAGUGAAACAACAAAGGAUAGUCAAUAGCAGUAGCGAUUCCAAUAAAUCUGCGUUAUCUGCUCUUCUAGUAGGGACACCAGCAGCAGAUAGGCCUGACAUAAUUGGUCCGAACACCAAUUCCCUCCUCUUAGAAAAAUUGGGUGCAGCUACCUCCACGCCGCCACAGUACGGACAGACGACAAGCGGUAAAUCGGCAGCAGCGACUGCCCAGCAGUUUCUUGUGCAAUCGUCUCCUAAGGGGGCCGUUGCCAGUCCGAUGUCGAGCCCCCCACUUGCCCAGCAGCACCAGCCACAGGCGCAGGCGACGGUGCAGUCUGCACCGCAAACUGUCAACGUGCAGGGGUUGAAUUUCGCGCAGCUGCAAAGUAUACCUGGCCUACAAAACCUGCAAGUACAGCUACCCGGCUUUCCGCAGCCGAUCUCACUGUCAUUGAAUGUAUCAUCGACAGGGAACGUGCAGGGUCACCCCGGCCUAAUAGUCUCGCUACCUGUCACCACGGCAGCACAAGCGUCAAAUACGGUGACGCAGUCUACGGCUAAUGCGGUGCCAACUGUGAACAGCUUGGGAGUACAGCCACAGACUGUUGUUUUGACGAAUGCAGCUACAUCUAAUUUAGCUCAACUGGUGACAUCCGGAAUGAAAGCAAUCCCCCAACAAGCCGUACGCUCCUCAUCUCUUUCCAGCCAACAAGUGACCGCUCAACCCUUCCAACUGAUCACGACUGCCCCUUUGCAAAGGCCACGCCUUCAACCGGGGGUGGGGGUGAGCACCGGAAAUGAUCAGGCAUCGCCGUUAGCCAGGACAACGACGGCGUUGCAACGUGCUGCGCCAAUCACCAUCAAGAUGGCUGGGCCCAACACAAGUCAGUUGACUGAUUUGCAGCUGAGAGAAAUCACCACGCCUACAUAUGUGAUGCAAUCAAAUUCGGGGAUAACAAGUCAGCUGCAGAAACAGGCGCAGCUGCAGCAGUUUCAGCAAGUGUGUCUCAGCCCGCCGAAUUUGCUGGGGAACAGAAGACGAUCCAGUAAUCAGGAGACCCAAUAGUGGGUAAAUAGCAAAACAUGAAAGCUUUUUGGUACAGAGAAAGGGAAUUUUUGCAUCAAAUUCAUCAUACUUUAUGCACAAAGGCUGUUUCCUAAACAUGGAGCAAAUGUUAUAGAGAUGACUUUUGGGUAUUCUAAGGCUGUUUUGACCUUUGACGAUGACAUUGAAAAUCGCUUUUUUGUUUGUGAUAAACACAAUUUCCUAUAAUAACAGUAAUUGCUAGAAAAAAUCACAUGUGAAUGAUUUCAAUCCAUAAAAACUUUUCAUUUCUGUUUUAACGUCUAUAAAAUAUUUUUGUAAAUGUAUUUGUUUUCAGUAACAUGUUCCUAGGUUCCCCUUAUAAUUCGUAUGCAAAGUUAACUUCGUAGAUGAGAGUGAUGCUCGACGGCAAGACUUUUGCUCCUGCGAAUGACGCGGGAAGUGACUAUCCUUUCAGAGUUAAAAAUACAGCUCCUCGACAAACAACAGAACUAUGCCCACUUCUUAUCAGUUGUUCAAUUCCGUCCCACAGGAGGCCAAUUCUUAAAAAUAAAGGAGUAUCCCAGUGAUAGAAUGUGGCGUGGCUCUUUUACCUUCCAGGGAACUGUCUUCCUCAAACAAUGAUAAGAGUCGCUUCCAUGGAUGUUCUCUAUUUUAUCAGCGUUAAAGAAUAUUGUUUCUCAGAAGUAUCCUACUGAUAGAAUGGGAAGUGUAUUCUUCAACAUUGAUAGAAGAGUCGCUCUCUGGGUCAAUUUCAGGAGUAAAGGUGCAAAAAUCUCGCGGUCGUCCAUCAUUCUCAUCUCUAAAGAAGAAGUUGACUUUGCGCCGAAACAUUUAAUUUAUUAUAUGAAGGAGCUUAUAAAAUAAAUAUAAAAAUAAAUCAACACAUUUCUAUCAGAUACAUAACAGAACACUUAAUACUGGUUAUUCUACUUCUUCGUUUUCUAUAAUUGACCCCCUGAUAGAAUGCAACUCUUUCAAUAAAAAUGUGUCAAUUCUUAUCGAGUUGCACCCAGCGUGUAUUAGACAUUCCGCUGGAGUUGUGUAGACUAAUAACUCUGAAUAAGUUUCCUAUUUUUUGAAUCACACUUAAAAUUAUAGUUUAAGUAAUAAAUAAUAUUUAAAAAAAUGACAAAGUUAAGCUUUCCAGAACUUUUAUGGGAUUCUAUUACUUGCCAAUCGACACAUAUAAGACAACAAUAAUUAACUUUUUUCUUAUCUUUGACAAAUGGAUAUCAUAUUCGUUAUCUGCGACUUGAAAAACGAAGAAACGUUUUCUUUUUGUAGAAUUUAGUGAAUUUUUGUAAUUUUGGUCACAUUUUAGGACUUUGGAACCACUGUGGCAUCUAAAGUAUUAUAUAUAAUUAAUUAUAAAUGUUAAUGCGUAUCAAAGCAUAAAUGUUUUGCACAGUAUAUUCAAUCAUUAAUUAUUAUUGUAUCCAACUUUGGAAAAUUAGUGGAAUCGGUACGCAGAAAGCCUUCUUCCAUUUUAUUUAUUGUACAGGGUGGGCCAUAAAUUUUUGCACUCUUAUAAUUAUACUGGAGUGAAUAUCGAGCAGGAGGGGAAAGUAGGGCCACUCACGUUCGGCUCCUCGCUUCUUGGAAAUUCAAUCACGAUGGGUCGCUUCACAGGAGAACAAUGCGCGUUCUUUAUGGCAUCAUCAGCCCGUACUUUUUUGAAAAAACACGCGGUAAUUCUGUGACAGAAUGAUGCAGAAUACGUGCAGUCUAUGCCAAGAUACAUACAAUCUCUUGCGAAUGGUCAACUUGAGUGUGCCGAGGAUGAAUGCGAAAUGCAAAGGCGCCAGUGCCGUAGCCCAGAAUGCGAACUUAUGUCAUGUGAUGUCACGACUGAACCUCGGCGUGCGAGAACGGUUGGCUAUCGCAUCCACAUACAAAAUAAUAAUGAUAAUUGUUUUUAAUGUCAUAACUUCCUUAAAUUUUAAGGUAUCGGAGUAAUUCUUUCAGAUUUGUGAAAGACACCAGAUAUACUAUUAUAUGCAAAUGUAACUAGCUGUAUUUUCGACUCAAUUGCCCCAUAGGAAAUAAGUAGGGGUCCAUGAUCAAAGAUCGCAUAGUCUUCAAGUCAGGUCAACGACAAAAAGAGAAUUCAUAAGCAACCUUAUUGGAGUUGCUCAACCAAGAAAUGACCCUUUUGUAUUUGAAUGAUUGCGACAGUAUGGUAAGGAGAUUGAUAUCUUGAAUUUUAGCUGGUCGUACCUAGGUAUUGAUGACUCUUGAAGAUUAAUAAUGUUCAAAUGUAAUUUUUACUAGUAAAAAAUGCCAUAUUUGAAACGAUGUAGUUUUUUGUUUACUCAAAUAGCUUGACUAUACAAUUUUUAUGGGAUUCAUAUGUUGUAUUUCGUACAACUACUAUUAUUAAGAGUGGUUUACUAUUGCAAAUGUUCUAGACCCACUUUUAGAAACCAUAUUAAGAUUUUAUAUCACAUCAUAUCUGAUAACUUGAAUUUACUUUUACAAGACCUAUACGGUUCUGUUUAUAUAUUUUUAUUUUCACAAAUUACAAUGAAAUUCUUUUAAAAUCCUCCAGCAAGAUCCCUCUCUUUGUAUCGAAAGGUGUGAAAAAUUUGUACAUUUUGAACUAGUCUCUAUUGUAAUUUGUUUUGUUUCACACAUUCGCUUAUCACUUUAGUCUAACAUUAUGCUGCCAAGGUUUAACUAUACAUCCAAGAACACACAAAUACCAGAGAUAGUAUUUUCAAAUCGGUAAGCGAAUAGGCCUUUCUAACACUCAGUCAGCAGUCAAAAAAUACUUUCUUUUAUAACAUUAGAAAUGCCUGUAUGUUAUUGCUGUAUUCUUUCGAUCAAAUUGAGUCAAUUCUCCGUUCUUCUUUCAUGUCAAAAUCAAUUCCAGGUCAAGCUCAGAGUGAUAGAAAAGAUGACAUUUUGAUUAGUAUCAAUUCUGUCAUAUUAAUCAGUUGGAAGGAUGCAGCAAUUAUUGACACAUCCAAAGUAUGCGUCUUUUUCGUCUAGCGAUUUGAACACGCUAUGCUUUUUGAACAAGAAUAUUGAAAUAUUUCUACUGUCGUUCGCUUGUGGUUUCUCCAGCAAUUGGUGCCAAAUGUCAUACACCAGCUGUGUGGAUCGAAAAAACUUGUAAUUCAGCCACUUUUUAAGAUUGACCAAGAUGGCAAAUGAUUCUUUCAGAACCUCUUUUUUUAUCUUACCUUUAUUGAUGAACGCUUCAACCCCGAAGGUUUCAAUAUUUACAAGAUAUUUAUAAUAAAAGGCAGCUAAAUCAAUAUUGAACGUUUACAUACAUAUUGCAAUUAUUGUUGUGCAUGAAAUAAUGUUCCCUCGAUAAAUCUUGAGAUGUGUCAUUGUUCCUUUGAGCGGUUGAAAACCUCAAAUGCAAAAUACUUUCUGAUCUCAAACCUCUGCAUUACAUUGCACAAUAUCGUUGUUCCUAUAACUUAGACGAAUGUCAUACGAUCAUUAUUUAGUGUCGGUCGUGUUAUCAGUAUUUACUGAUGGAUCCGUCAGUGUCAGUGGAUUUAGACGUAAUCUUAUAUAUCAGUGAUUACUGAUUGGCGACACGGCGGAUAAAUGUCACAUUCCAUGAUAAAUACUGAUGGAUAACAGUGAAUACCGAUCAUCUGACAUUCGCCUUUGUAUCGGUGCCAAAAAUGGACCUACAAUAAAAUAAUAAGUGCUUCAAAUAUCUCCAUUCUGUUUCGCGAGUCUUCUACUUUUUUACAGUACAAAAACGUGUUUGGUGAAUAUUUUUUAAACUUGGUUAACUAAAGAGUCUUUUGUUGUAUUUUAUGAUAACUUUGUUAUUUAAUUUCAUCUUUUAAUAAGACUUCAAAUUGGAACUAGUAUGAAAAAUAUUCAUCAUUAAAUGAACAAUGAUGUGUUUUGUAAGCAGUUAAUUUUAGAGUUCAUAAUAAAUCUGUAUAUUUUUUGUUAUAGCUAUUUGUAUAUACUAGAGAAAAGUAUUUAUUAAAAUAUUUUAACCAACGAACAAUAACUAUUCUUUACAAUAUUAAGUGAAAUUAGUGAUAAGUUUAAUAAAUUCUUGGCUGGAAAUAUAAAAGUGAUACCCCAAAACUUCCAGCCGCUUAAGUUUUCGAUACUUUUUUUUUGUAUUGUGGUUGUGUACUUCCGUUUUAAUUUAUUUUCACUGCUCAUUAGUUUUGUAGUAACUGUACAUAAUGUAUAUAUAGUAGUUUUAUAAUUUCCAAGAUAUUUGGAAUAUGUCUUAUUGAAAGCGAUGUAUUGUUACAAAUUCGUGCUUUCAGGUUUUUCAAAAUACCGUUCACUACUCUCUGAAUACUGGAUAAAGAUUAUUAUUGAGCACUGCAAAAUUUUAAUCAGCAUCAAGUUGAAAUUAUAAUUUGUUUAUCCUCAAUACCGAUAAUAAAAAAAUCUGGCUGACAGAAUUAAUGACAUCGCGGUUAAUAUAGUAAACAGAUUCUAUCAUGGAUCUAUACACAGUAUACUUUUUAAUAGCAUAUAAGUUAGUUUGAGGAAGAUCAAUAUAUAGCAUAUUUUAAUGUAUGUAUUUGUGCGAUACAUACUAAGUUUGUGUAAUAAAUACAGGCGGACGAUUAGUAUCUAAAAAGCUAUCAUGACUUACUAAGAUGUCCUCGUUUUGAUUAAGGUAAACGGGUAUAUGAUGGUAUCGAGAAUCAAGAAGUCAGUUUGUUUACUAAUAAUAUUACAUAUUAGUAUGUUAGUGGCAAGGAUUUACAGCUUUGUUCCAUUGUUUCAAAUUAUCUCAAAAGCCAUUGAAGUUCAGAUUCAUAAUUUUUUCUCAAAAAAUUAAUCGAUCAUCACAUUUUGUUUGCCAAAAAAAUAAUAUGGUUGAAUGUAUUCUCGAAGAUGUUGUUGCUCGAAUAUUCAGAAUGUAUUUUAAUAAUUUAUUUCAAAGAAUAUGGCAUAAAGUUUUAUGGAUGUGAUGUAAUACAGAAACGAUCCUGGUUAUACGAUCUUCAUUUUGGACAUUCCACAAUGUUGAAAAGCAAUAUAGAUCAGUUACUUUUUUGUAUAACAUAAAACUGCCACAUUUUUCAUUUUCCGGCAUACCAAGAGAUCUUUGAGUAAUCACGUUACGGCAAACCUUAACCUUUUGCCCAUGGAGCCUACGAGGGCGGUUCAAUAAGUACCCGUGUUAGAAAUGACACCAUUUUUUCCAAAAACAUUUUUUUAUUUUUCAACAUAGGCAGUGAUCGUUCUUCCUUUUUCUAAAAAAUCCAUGAGGAUGACGCCGUUCGCAUCCCAAAAAAUCGUCGCUGUGACCUUUCUGGCCUAUGGGACCGCCUUCGCCUUCUUUGGAGCAGAUUCACUGGGAGAAAUCCAUUGUUUUGAUUGUUGCUUAGUUUCUGGUGUGUAAUGAUGAAUCCAGGUUUUAUCAACGGUGACAACUCGACACACAAAAACUCCUACGGAUUUCUCUUAAAUUGCUCCAAACACUGCAUCGAAGCCGCAUCCGCUUGUUGUCCACCGUGAGCACCCAUCGGGCCGACAAUUUUUUUAUCUCCAAUUUAUCAUGUUAAAUAUUCGUUCGUCGAUCAGCGAGGAUCAUGUGGACUUUUUGAAAGAUUCCCUCGGUAACCACGUCUGCCGGGCGUCCUGUUCGCUCCUCAUCAAAAACGGAUGAUCGCCCACGUUUAAAUGUUAAACUCAUAUCUAAGUGUGAUCAUCGAUGGCGAAGUGUCCCCAUAAACAGCAUCCAACUUUUCUUUUAUCUCCUUGCAUUUGUCCCAUCCAAAAACAAAAAGCGAAUUACCGAACGAUACUGCUCUUUUUCCAUCUUAGCGAAAAUCACGUUAAACACGUGUUACUCGAAUGGCUGCCAAAUCCAAACUAACCUAAAUUUAUUAUUUAUCAGUCUGAAAUUUGUUGUGCCGUUGUUUGAUAGAUGGCAGCACACGAUGAUAACAUCAACUCCCCUCAGGAACACAUUCUGUCGUCAAACAUGGGUACUUAUUGAACAAGCCACGUAUAUACCCCAAAACUUCACGCCUGACUGAGAACGCCGUGAUUGAAGCAUCUACUGCGCAUAAGCAUAGUAUCUGUGGUUAUCGUUCGGGAUCCGACCGCUUAAAUCUGCAGGUACGUUUUUUGAUAAAACUUAAAUUUUAUGAAUGAUAAAACAGGUUACAGCAGAGCGGGAGAUGCUUUCUAUUCGCGAAUCAUGUGAUUUCUCACAGAAUAUUAUAUAUAAAAAAUCUCAAAGUAAAAAUCCAAAUUUGAGGAAAAAUCCCCCAACAUGACAACCCUGUCAAAGCAACACUGGUACUCCAGGUGUCAAGUUUCCGAGUACGUUUUUGCUGCUGCUUUCACGCAUGCCAUGAC